CCCCCGCACCGCCGCCGCCGCCGCCGCCCCGCUCCCCCAGCCCGGGGGCGUCCCCCCGGCCCAGCCAUGUCGCUGCACGGCAAGCGGAAGGAGAUCUACAAGUACGAGGCGCCAUGGACCGUGUACGCCAUGAACUGGAGCGUCCGGCCCGACAAGCGGUUCCGCCUGGCGCUGGGCAGCUUCGUGGAGGAGUACAACAACAAGGUGCAACUCGUUGGUUUGGAUGAGGAGAGCUCAGAAUUCAUCUGCAGGAACACCUUUGAUCACCCCUACCCCACCACGAAGCUGAUGUGGAUCCCAGACACCAAGGGGGUCUAUCCUGACCUGUUGGCCACUAGUGGGGACUACCUGCGGGUGUGGAGGGUGGGUGAAACCGAGACCCGGCUGGAAUGUUUGCUGAACAACAACAAGAACUCGGAUUUCUGUGCUCCCCUGACUUCAUUUGACUGGAAUGAAGUGGAUCCCUACCUGCUGGGUACCUCAAGUAUUGACACAACCUGCACUAUUUGGGGUCUGGAGACAGGACAGGUUCUGGGGAGAGUAAAUUUGGUCUCUGGCCACGUGAAGACCCAGCUUAUUGCACACGACAAAGAGGUGUAUGACAUCGCCUUCAGCCGCGCCGGGGGCGGCAGGGACAUGUUUGCCUCGGUGGGAGCGGAUGGCUCGGUGAGGAUGUUCGACCUGCGCCACCUGGAGCACAGCACCAUCAUCUACGAGGACCCCCAGCACCACCCCCUGCUGCGCCUCUGCUGGAAUAAGCAGGAUCCCAACUACCUGGCCACCAUGGCCAUGGAUGGGAUGGAGGUUGUGAUUCUAGAUGUGAGAGUUCCCUGCACUCCUGUAGCCAGGUUAAACAACCACAGAGCGUGUGUAAAUGGAAUUGCUUGGGCACCUCAUUCCUCCUGCCACAUCUGCACAGCAGCUGACGAUCACCAGGCCCUCAUCUGGGACAUCCAGCAGAUGCCUCGUGCCAUCGAGGACCCCAUCCUGGCCUACACAGCAGAGGGAGAGAUCAACAAUGUACAGUGGGCAUCCACCCAGCCAGACUGGAUAGCCAUCUGCUACAACAACUGCCUGGAGAUCCUGAGGGUCUAACUCUGCUGCUGUGCCCCCCUGAGGCAGGGCUGUAUCAUUCCCCUCCCCUCUCAAGUAAGAACACCACCAGUCAAGUGGCCAGUAUCUGUUGUUGCUUUGCAUCUGCUGUUACAAGGAACUGUUACAAGGAUCCAUGGCAGGUGUCUCCUGCCUCUCCAGACUCUAAAAAUGCAGAGACGUGCUGAGCCUCUUGGACCUUCUGGGUUCUGGUUUUCUUGUUGAAUUCUUCCCCCCCCACCACCCCUCAGUAAAAGUUCUGUAUAUUUGUUUGUUGACUGUAUUAAUAAGCUUGCAGGCUUUUAAGUUGCUGCAUAUGUCCAUGUGUUUGUCAGCCAGCUGGGGCAGCACACACAUCAACCAGUUUAAAAUAGAUUUGCAGGUGCAAAACAAGGUGGGGGGGGAAAAAAAAGAAAAAAAAAAAAAAGACAUUGAUGUAAAACAGCCACCUUGGCAGGAAUCUUUCUCAUUCCUGUUGUCGCUGCCUCUACACUGUUUAAACGUUUGUAUGUUUUUUAUAUACUGGGCUAACUUUCUAUUGAGUAAGGUGUUUUUUUUCUCCCUAAUUCUUACUUUUUGAUAUGUGACCCACUUGCACAUGCCCACAGCAGGACCUGUUCAUGGACACAAACCCCACUUCAGGCUCCCUGGCAGUAAAGGCCUGCCAGAACUAACUGUUGCCUUGGCUCCCCUGUACCUGGUGAAGCUGGGCAGACUUUCCUGGUGCUGUGAAGUACAAGUAACCUGUUGCACAAUUUUCUUUACACUUUUCCUGACGCUCGAGGCAGUUGUUACUAUGGUAAGGCCUUGUUUUUUAAAUGUAGAGCUGAGUUUGUGUGUCCCCCUGCAGUUGUGUGGUAGCAAACAGAACGGUGGGAGGUGGCAGAAAGAAGAUCCGUGCAUGACAUAAAGCUCCCAGGAGGUAACAAAUCCUG